AUGAAAAUCCAACAAUUCUUAUCUCUUCUGGUGAUAUCAAUCUGUGUGGUUGCUGGCCUCUGUGUUAAAGAUGAGCAACAACUGCUGUUGCAAUUGAAGAACAACCUUACUUUCAAUUUCAACAGUGGAAGAUCAAGCAAACUGAACGUGUGGAAUCAAAGUAUUGGUUGCUGCAAUUGGAGUGGUGUUACUUGUAAUGAUGAGGGAUACGUUAUUGGUCUUGAUCUGAGUGGAGAAUCAAUCACUGGCGGAUUCAACGAUUCGAGCAGCCUAUUCGGUCUUCAACAUCUGCAGAAAUUAAACCUGGCAGCUAAUAAUUUCAAUUCUAUGAUUCCUUCAGCAUUUGGCUUGUUGGACAAGUUAACUUACCUGAAUUUGUCACAUGCUGGGUUCGUGGGGCAGAUUCCGAUAGAGAUUUCUCAGCUGACGAGGUUGGUUACUCUUGAUAUCUCAAGUGUUGCAUAUUUUGAAGGGCAAUAUCUAAAACUUGAGAACCCAAAUCUAAGGAUGCUUAUCAGAAAUCUCAGCAGUAUUAGGCAAUUGUAUUUGGAUGGUGUAAUUAUGACAUCUCAGGCAGAGGAAUGGUGCAAUGCUUUGUUGUUUCUGCCCAACCUGCAAGAAUUGAGCAUGUCACAUUGCAAUCUCUCAGGACCACUUAAUUCUUCAUUAACAAGUCUUGAGAAUCUCUCGGUCAUUCGUCUUGAUCGGAACAAUUUCUCAUCUCCAGUGCCAGAAACCUUUGCCACUUUGAAAAAUCUAACCAUCCUCAGUCUUUCCGUUUGUCGGUUGACGGGAGUGUUCCCUCAAAAGAUAUUCCAGGUUAGAACACUGUCAUUCAUUGACAUCUCAUACAAUUCCAACCUCCAAGGUUCCUUUCCUGUCUUACCAUUCAACGGAUCUCUCCAUACCUUAAUAGUAAGCAACACCAACUUCUCUGGAGAACUUCCUUCUUCUAUUGGCAGCAUGACACAAUUAUCCGCACUGGAUCUAUUUAACUGCCAAUUUAGAGGAAAACUACCCAUUUCGUUGUCAAAGCUCGCGGAGCUCAGUUACUUGGAUUUGUCACUAAACAAUUUUACAGGUCCAGUUCCAUCAUUUGGCAAGUCUCAAAAACUUACCUAUAUAGAUCUUUCUCGUAAUAAUUUUAGUGGACCAAUUCCAUCAUCUACUCCCUUUGAAGUACUACAAAAUCUCAUCAGCAUCAACCUGGCUUACAAUUCCAUCAGUGGAAGAAUUCCUUCAUCUCUUUUUAGACUCCCAUUACUGAAGAAGAUUCUACUUUCCAACAACCAGUUUGUUCAAUUGGAUGAACUCACGAAUGUGUCUUCCUCUAAGUUAAACACUCUUGAUUUAAGCAGCAACAACCUAUCAGGUCCAAUACCAAUGUUCAUCUUCCAGCUCCGGGAACUCUCUAUCAUCCAACUUUCCUCAAACAAGUUCAAUGGGCCAAUGCAGCUAGAUGAGUUUUUGGCACUUAAAAAUUUAACCACACUAGACCUUUCAUACAACAACUUAUUUGUCAAUGUGAGUCUCAACCUGUCUUCAAUUCCAAACAUUAGCAUGCUAAAAUUGGCAUCCUGCAAUUUAAAAACUAUACCUGGUUUCUUGAGGUACCAAUCUGGAUUAGCCUUUUUAGACCUCUCAGACAACCAAAUUCAAGGAUCAGUGCCCAACUGGAUUUGGAAACUUAAAUAUCUUCAAAGCCUUAAUAUGUCUCACAAUUUUCUAACUGAUUUCCAAGGGCCACUUCAGAAUCUUAGUUCCAAUUUAGCUGUCCUUGACCUUCACCACAAUCAACUUCGUGGGAUAAUUCCUGUCUUUCCUAAAUAUGCUGCCUAUGUAGAUUAUUCAAACAAUAAUUUCAGCUCCAUUAUCCCAGUUGAAAUCGGCAGUUACCUGUCUGGCACAUUUUAUCUGUCUCUUGCAAACAAUAGAUUCCAUGGCAGCAUCCCUAAUUCCAUCUGUGAUGCCUCAUUUCGUGUUCUUGAUCUCUCCCGUAAUAAUAUAUCUGGCACAAUUCCCUUUUGUUUAAUAGCAUUAAGUAAGAUUCUCGGUGUACUGAACCUGCGCAACAACAAGCUCUCGGGUCCUAUCCAUGAUUUGUUUCCAGCUUCCUGUGCUCUGAGGACUCUUGAUCUCCAUGGAAAUAUAUUAGAAGGACAUAUUCCAAAAUCUCUUGCUAACUGCUCAACACUAGGUUUGGACCUUGGGAACAAUCAAAUUUCUGAUGGAUUUCCAUGUUCCUUGAAGCACAUAUCCACCCUCCGUGUGCUAGUACUGCGAAAAAACAACUUCCAUGGCAACAUUGGAUGUCCAAAAAUCAGUGGUGCAUGGAAAAUGCUUCAGAUUGUUGACCUGGCCUUUAACAAGUUUAAUGGUGCACUCCCUGGAAAAUGGUUCAGAACGUGGGUGGCAAUGAUGGAUGAUGAAGACCAGGCUGAUUCUGGGGUAAAUUAUCUCCGAUUUGAGGUACAAUUUAAUCCGACAUACUAUCAGAAUUCAGUAACGGUUACAAGCAAAGGUCAAGGGAUGGAGUUAGUUAAGAUUCUAACUAUCUUCACUUCCAUUGACUUUUCAUCUAACCAUUUCCAAGGAGAAAUACCGAAAGAACUGUUUGAUUUCAAAGCACUCUAUGUGCUUAACUUAUCAAACAAUGCUCUUACUGGCCAGAUUCCAUCAUCUAUAGGGAAUUUGAAACAGCUUGAGUCACUAGACCUCUCAAACAACUCAUUACAAGGAGAAAUUCCCACUGUGCUUGCGAGUUUGGAUUUCCUUUCAGUCUUGAAUCUCUCGUCCAAUCAGCUGCAGGGAAGAAUCCCUUUGGGCUGCCAAAUCCAAACAUUUUCAAACUCCUCCUUCAUUGAUAAUAUAGGAUUAUGUGGUCCUCCUUUGACUACAAAAUGCAGUGAUAUUAAUGAAACAUUCAGUUCAGCUAGCCCGCAAGAUUCUGCAAUUGAUUGGAAUUUUAUUAGUGUGGAAGUUGGUUUGAUUUUUGGCCUUCUUAUUGUCAUUGGUCCCGUCUUGUUCUUUAAGAAAUGGAGACACAAGUAUUGCCAAUUUCUGGACACAGUUCUUUGUUGGAUCUUUCCUCAACUGAGCCUUGAAUAUGAAAGAUGUGGAAGCCAAAGUUACGAAGUUCUGGUAUGGAGGAAGUACUAG